AGAAGAGGGCGGAGGAGAGGAGAAAGGAGGCGGAUUCUGGGCCCUGUCCCCAUUCAUUGCCGUGGUUGGCCGGGCUGGGGUCUCGUCUUUUUGGGAGUUAUGGAGGCACUAAUUCCUGUCAUCAACAAGCUCCAGGACGUCUUCAACACGGUGGGCGCCGACAUCAUCCAGCUGCCUCAGAUCGUUGUGGUGGGAACGCAGAGCAGUGGAAAGAGCUCGGUACUAGAAAGCCUAGUGGGGAGGGACCUGCUUCCCAGAGGUACUGGUAUUGUCACUCGAAGACCUCUCAUUCUGCAGCUGGUUCAUGUUUCACCAGAAGAUAAACGAAAAGCAACAGGAGAAGAAAAUGACCCUGCUACAUGGAAAAACUCAAGACACCUUUAUAAAGGGGUCGAAGCAGAAGAAUGGGGUAAAUUUCUUCACACCAAAAAUAAGCUUUACACGGAUUUUGAUGAAAUUCGACAAGAAAUUGAAAAUGAAACAGAAAGAAUUUCAGGAAAUAAUAAGGGAGUAAGCCCUGAACCAAUUCAUCUUAAGAUAUUUUCACCCAACGUUGUUAAUUUGACACUUGUGGAUUUGCCAGGAAUGACCAAGGUGCCUGUAGGUGAUCAGCCCAAGGAUAUUGAGCUUCAAAUCAGAGAGCUCAUUCUUCGGUUUAUCAGUAAUCCAAAUUCCAUCAUCCUCGCUGUCACUGCUGCUAAUACAGAUAUGGCAACAUCAGAGGCUCUUAAAAUUUCAAGAGAGGUGGAUCCAGAUGGACGUAGAACCUUAGCUGUAAUCACUAAACUUGAUCUCAUGGAUGCGGGUACUGAUGCCAUGGAUGUAUUGAUGGGAAGGGUAAUACCAGUCAAACUUGGAAUAAUUGGAAUAGUUAACAGGAGCCAGCUAGAUAUUAACAAUAAAAAGAGUGUAACUGAUUCAAUACGUGAUGAAUAUGCUUUUCUUCAAAAGAAAUACCCGUCUCUGGCCAAUAGAAAUGGAACAAAGUAUCUUGCUAGGACUCUAAACAGGUUACUGAUGCAUCACAUCAGAGACUGCUUACCAGAGUUGAAAACAAGAAUAAACGUUCUAGCUGCUCAGUAUCAGUCUCUUCUGAAUAGCUACGGUGAACCUGUGGAUGAUAAAAGUGCUACUUUACUGCAGCUCAUUACCAAAUUUGCCACAGAAUAUUGUAACACUAUCGAAGGAACUGCAAAAUAUAUUGAAACUUCAGAACUAUGUGGUGGUGCUAGAAUAUGUUAUAUUUUCCAUGAAACUUUUGGGCGAACCUUAGAAUCUGUUGACCCACUAGGUGGCCUUAAUACUAUUGACAUUUUGACUGCCAUUAGAAAUGCUACUGGCCCACGUCCUGCUUUGUUUGUACCUGAGGUUUCAUUUGAAUUACUGGUCAAGCGGCAGAUCAAACGUCUGGAAGAGCCUAGCCUUCGUUGUGUGGAACUGGUUCAUGAGGAGAUGCAAAGGAUCAUUCAGCACUGUAGCAACUACAGUACACAGGAAUUGUUGCGGUUUCCUAAACUUCAUGAUGCCAUAGUCGAAGUAGUGACUUGUCUUCUUCGUAAAAGGUUGCCUGUUACAAAUGAAAUGGUCCAUAACUUAGUGGCAAUUGAACUGGCUUAUAUCAACACAAAACAUCCAGACUUUGCUGAUGCUUGUGGGCUAAUGAAUAAUAAUAUAGAGGAACAAAGGAGAAACAGGCUAGCAAGAGAAUUACCUUCAGCUGUAUCACGAGACAAGUCUUCUAAAGUUCCAAGUGCUUUGGCACCUGCCUCCCAGGAGCCCUCCCCUGCUGCUUCUGCUGAGGCUGAUGGCAAGUUAAUUCAGGACAGCAGAAGAGAAACUAAAAAUGUUGCAUCUGGAAGUGGUGGGGUAGGAGAUGCUGUUCAAGAACCAACAACAGGCAACUGGAGAGGAAUGUUGAAAACUUCAAAAGCUGAAGAAUUAUUAGCUGAAGAAAAAUCAAAACCAAUUCCAAUUAUGCCAGCUAGUCCACAAAAGGGCCAUGCUGUGAAUCUGCUGGAUGUGCCAGUUCCUGUUGCACGAAAACUGUCUGCCCGUGAACAGCGAGACUGUGAGGUGAUUGAACGACUCAUCAAAUCAUAUUUUCUUAUUGUUAGAAAGAAUAUUCAAGACAGUGUGCCAAAAGCAGUAAUGCAUUUUUUGGUUAAUCAUGUGAAAGAUACUCUUCAGAGUGAGUUAGUAGGACAACUGUAUAAAUCAUCCUUGUUGGAUGAUCUUCUGACCGAAUCUGAGGACAUGGCACAGCGUAGGAAAGAAGCAGCUGAUAUGCUAAAGGCAUUACAAGGAGCCAGUCAAAUUAUUGCUGAAAUCCGAGAAACUCAUCUUUGGUGAGGAGAUCUAGAUAAUUCUAGAGACUGUUAACUCACUAGUUACUGCCUACUUCAGUAGAAUUUUAUUUAUGGACUCCUGUGUACUGCAGUGGUAUGAAUCUGCUCAUGUGAAGACUGGCUAUAAAAUGAAAAGUGUACUCUGUAUUGCAGAACAAAUCAUAAAUUUAAUCCAAAUAAUAAAUGGCUAUUUCUAAAGUUUUCCAGUAUAUAUAAAAUACAUCAAGUCUUUCUGUGACAGUUUCAUUUGAACAUGAAAAGAACUGUUAAGUGUCCUAGUAGUACAAGCAGUUUGCUGCCUGUGGAUAAGAUGACCCAUGUAAUCUUUGUCAGUUGUCUUAAAGCUGCUGCCACAGUCCUUCAUGAAGAAAGUACCAAGACAACAUUUCAUUACAACUAUAAUGCAUGUACUGUAUAAACUGAUCUGGCUUUGAAAGAUAUGGUUGGACAAGCUACUCAUAUAGAGUCACUGUUUUCCACUUCUUGUCCUUCAGGUUUUUGUUUUGUUUUGUUUUGAGCUUCUCUGCAACCUUUCAUGUGUUAGUAAGAAAGCUGAAUAUGCACAAAAACAUUGGAAGUGAUGGGGUGUACAUAAUGUGCAGCUAGCAACAUAGUCCUUCCACUUCUGGGUCCAUGUUGCCCUAGAGCAUUAAAAGUUAAAAUACUCUUUGAUUCUUUCUUAAAUCUGGAAGCAUGAGUUACAAUUUCCUGCUUGAAACCACCAUCUAGACUUGACUUCCAAGGAGUUUCCCAGGAUCGAUGGCACUGGGUUUUUUUAGACUUGACUAGUCAGAUUUGAUAAUGAUGACCAGUCCUUUUAGUUUUUAGAAGUUUGAAUGAUAGUCUAAACUCCCUUUGGUUUGCAAAUACAGUAGCAGUAGUCAAGAUACAUCUUUAAAAUGGGGUUCUUACACCAUGUCCCCAAGAUUUACUUUGAGGUGGGACUGAAAACCAAAUAACUUUUGAUCAUUUAGGUUAUUAUUCUGUCUUUUCCCUUCUGUAAAGUACAGGUUGAUAGUAGCUACUUUUGAAAAGUUACAGAAAAACUGGUGGAGCUUACUUAAAGAAAAACAUAACAGACACACACACUCCUAAAGGCUACAGACUACUGAAUUGCAUUCAGGGGCUGGGGUUGGAGGUUUAGAACAUAUCCAUAUUUUAUUAAAGUUUUCCAGGUGAUUCUUGAAAUCUAUAAUCUACAUUAUAGAUUUUAAGAUAUUGGUAGAAAUCCAUAAGCCAUCCAGCUCCAUCUCUAACAGGUAACACCUUAAGUAGACAAAUUGUAUAUCACAGAUAUACUUAUGAAGGAUAUUGGCAGGAAAAUAUGAAUUAUGUUCUGUUAAGUUUAUGGUACCCAUUUACUAAGAAACAAAUAAGCUCAGCACUAAUCUCAAAUGUAAAAAACCCAGACAGGAUACUGAACAUCAGUUUUGAAAUUACGGCCAUCCACUUAUUUCAGAUAGUAGAUUAACUGACUACCAUUCUGAAUGUCAUGGCCUUCUAGCCUUUUGGAUUUGUAAGGAAAAAAUCUUACAGUGUACUUUUCUUCAGCAUAUCAAACAGAUUUCAACUUUUAAAAUCCUAGCUUUAAAGACAUGCUCUGGUAAUGUUCUUGCUCGUACUACAUUUUGUACAAAGAAAAACAGAGGCAAAAACUUAGGAAGAAGAAUCCUUUCCUUUGUUGGCCAUUACACUGAAGUUCUGAAAUGUAAAGAUGGCCUCUGACAUUUCUAAUGGAUACCUGUAUGCUGAUGCUCUGUAAAUAAAAUUGCUGGUAUGAAGUGACAUUGAUGUUUGUCAAUAAAUGAAUACUUCCUAAGGAAAACUGGUUUCAAGUUUACUUUCAGAAAAAGGUGGCUUUUGACACCGAAGUCUACCUUGGAACGUAACAAAACAGCUUACACUGUACCAAAGCUUUAUGACUGUCUUCCUAUUAGAUUCUCACAACUCAAUUGGGGUACUGUUACAUCUCCAUUUUUGUAUAUGAGGACACAGUGACUUGCUUCAAGUAAUCCUGGUAGUAAAUGGCUAGAAUUUGAACACUAAAGCUAUGCUUUGCUACCUGUAAGAUUUUCUAGAAGAAAUCUGAUUGUGAAGCAUAUUUUGGUAUGUGCUUCACUUGCUCCUCAGGGAAAUGGGGGUGCUAUUACUUUGAUUUAACAGGUGUGGAAACAGUUCUGGAGCAUUAACUUACCUAACGUAUGUUGAGCUGAACUGAGUCUUGAUUCCAAAUUCUUUAAGUCUGACCUGAUAACACCCCUUAACCGUGUAUCUGGACUUUGUUAUUAUACUGGAUAUUUGGUACGAUAUUUGCCUCUUUUUUUUUUUUUUAACUGGUUACAUAACUUUUCAGAUUAUGUCAAGCUGCAAUCUGCUUGAGACAGAAGUUGAAACUUAAAACUAAUUUCAGAGUUUCCAAAUUUAUAAAAUACUGCUACCCUUGUUGUCGUUAGGUGCCGUCAAGUCGAUUCCGACUCAUAGCGACCCUAUAGGACAGAGUAGAACUGCCCCAUAGAGUUUCCAAGAAGCAACUGGUGGAUUCGAACUACCAACCUUUUGGUUAGCAGCCAAGCUCUUAACCACUAUGCCACCAGGGCUCCACUGCUAUCUUAGUAACCAUUAAUAAAACAAGGCUGUGGAUUAAUAUAAUUAUACUGAAAUUCAGGGAAGGGAGUGGCCAACUGAAUUUCGACGGCAGUGGGGGAUGGGGAUAUAACACUAGUGAGAUCCUUGCUCCGUAUCUGAUAUAAAGACCAAGGCAGUUGCUGCGGAGUCUAUUCACCUAAUGUAAGAGUAUCCACAGUUCCUUAUACUAUCUCUUUUUCACUGUUCCUCAUUACUCCAAAAGAGAACAAAAGGGUAGGGUAGAAAAGAUGGCACUUAAGUCUUUCAUAAAGUUUAAUUUUUUACAAAAGAUUAACUCUGAAAGUCAUGGUUUUCUAUGGUAGUCCUUAAUGUUUGCAGAUCAAGAAGUAAAAUACUACAUCGUGACACAACCACCUCAUUAACCAACCUAUAUAAAUAGUGAAAUUACUCACACUGUGAGGCCUAGGGUAUACUCCAUUCUCUGUUUUUCUGAUUUACAUAAUUGAAGGUCUAAGUUCUGGAGCCAGCCUUUCACAUAUGAGAAUAAAUGAUGGAUAAAAUUUGUUUGAACAACCAGAAGGAUAUUUCAUCAUAGCUGAAGCCAUUUUAUAAUGUAGAAAUUCCUUUUUCCUAUUUUAAGCAGUGAAAGUCCAUUCUUGAGAAUAUGCUGUCCAACAACUAAAACACUCUCAGGGUUUGUGACUUGUCUGUGAUUUAUACUGACUCCGCCUUCUGUUAUCAUCCGAUACCUAAAAAUAGAAAUGUUUGGAAACUGGAUAAAUUCUCAAUCAUCGUUAACCAUCCCGAGAAUACAGAUACAACAUAACUUCACUUAAAUUUCAGAGGAUUUCCAAGCCAUUUAGCCCUGAAUUAUUAUCUUCAUGUUCACUCUACUUCUGCCUCCCCUUUAUGCUUUUCUAAAGGAGCAGAAUUACGGAACGGUAAGUUUCUGUUUAGUGGGGAAAAAUAGCUGGGAUGCCUUACAGCUCUUGCUAGAACUAUUUAGUUGGCUGUGGAGAAUCACUUUCUAGAGAUCUCCCCCAUUCUAAAAAAAAAAAAAAAAGGGAAAGAAAAUCAUAGAAAUUUCCAAAAAUUAAAGAGAACAAUGCCACUUUUAAUAAGCUACUCAAGAGAUAAAAGUCACAACUAUAGUGUUAUCUAUAGUAAUCUUUAGCAAACUUGCUUAUGAAACUAGAAAAUCUUUGCAAAUUAUAUUCUCAGCCUAUAUAUGUAACAGCAAAUUGUGCAGUAAAAUAAAUGUUUCUUUAAAGAUGAAAUUGGCUGAUUUUAAAAAUGGAAAUUCAGUAGCUGAUCUAGAUUACAAACAAAUUUUUUGAUGACCUACGCAAAACAAAAACCAAACCCAGUGCUGUCGAGUGGAUUCCGACUCAUAGCGACCCUACAGGACAGAGUAGAACUGCCCCAUAGAAUUUCCAAGAAGUGCCUGGUGGAUUCGAACUGCCGACCCUUUGGAUAGCAGCUGUAGCACUUAACCACUAUGCCACCAGGGAUUCCAGUCUAUGCAAAGGACAUAAGUUUUACUGAAGUUAUUUACAUUAUCAUUCAAUUUAUUCAAUAAGCAUUGACAGAGCUCUUACUAUAUACAAAUAUAAACAGUAUUGGAAUCUAGUGAAGAGAUCCAGAUAAAUAAAUGACAAUUAGAACAUACAGUGAAAAGUGCUAUAAAGAGCCAGAAGAGGCUGCUCUAGGAACACACUGGUUGGGUGGAUGUGACACCUAAACUCGGAGAGUGAGCAAUAGUUACCUUCAUAAACAGGGCAAGGAAACAUGGGAGUAACUAGAAAGAGGUAAGAGUUGAGAAAAAAUGAGGGCUUGAGCAUGAAUGGCGUGAAAGUUCUUACAUAAGGCAAAUGUGGCUUCUCUUACCUGAAUAUGUCACCAAAUGACAUUAAGCAGCAACUAUUCUACAUAGUUUUACGAAGUUCAACAGUAAAAGAAUCUCAAUUAAGAACGUACUUCUUUUUGUAGGAAGUAUUAUUUUAGGUUGUUUGCCACAGUUUCAGAUUAUGUUCUACUUUUUGUUUAAAUGCACAAAACCAACCCUAUUUAGCUUAUACAACUUAAAUCUCAAAAAUGUCAGCACACUGGCUAAAUCAAACACGGUGUCAUCUUAAGUAGAGGUAAAACUUCCAGUAUUAGUAAAUAAAUCACUAGUUUAGUAGAAAAUGAAAAAUACUUCCAGUGAGGAAAAUCUUAGAACCAGUGACUCACUAUAAGGGCGGUGUAUUACACCACCACAAAUUCAAUGCAUAGUAAAUACAUGAGCAUAUUAGGAAGCAUUAAGGUGGAAUGACAGGUGACGCAAAGGAAGAUGAGGGAUGCUCUGUGUAUAUAAAGCAAUGUAGGGCUCUUUGGUAUAGAAGCAAAUAAAACAACUGAAAGGAAACAGCACUCGUAAUACAACAAAUGUCAUUCCUAAUGACUGUGGGCUGAUGACUAUUUGAUUUAUGCUAAAAAUCCUGUAGCUGAGGCACCCAGGUUUUCUAAGUGACUAAUGCUUUCACUUUUACAUCACACUGUUCACUUACAAAUGAAGAAGCAUCAAUUAGAUAUACCAAAUUACUUUUUGUGGAACACCUUAUUCCCUACUGAUACCACAUCAUUAAGCAUUUAAAAUAUUCUACCUACUUCAUGUAGAAGAAAAACAUACAAUUCUCAAUAGGAACAAUAUGUAAUUUAUAGUAAGUCUUAGGAAGUUAGAUCAUAUACUUAUUUUACUUUUAGAAAGUCAACUAAUAUUUUAAAUGGGCUGAGCAGUCCCUCCUGCCACCUCCAAAUAAAGAGGAUACAGACCAGGGCCUCCGUAAUCUUCUCAAACUAACAACUUCCCUGAGCUGACUGAUCCCAGUCUAUAAAUGUGGUCCCUUAUGCAAGCCUCUUCCAAUGCUGAAGGAAAACUGACUGGGUUGGACUUAAUGAGAGACAGUACAGGACUACUGUACUUUACAGAAAAUUUAAGGUAUUUUCAAUGAUAACUAUUCUCAGUUUUUAUUUUAUUCUCUAACUUCGGCAAGUAAUGAGAUGCCAUUAUAGCAGGAAAACACCCUCUCUGAAAAGACAAACUGAAUUUUAACAUUUAAUGUUGAAUUAGCCGUGAAUUUAAAAGUUUAGUAACCUUACCCUCGGGGACCAUCUGGAAUUGCAUUUGCUUUGCGGCAAGUAUCUAGCACACUUGUUCCAGGGUCAAGAACUAAUUCAGAAAAUGAAGCUUCUUUGAACAACUCUUUUAACUCUUCAUCAGACAUGACCUCCAGUGCAUCUAUGCUAUUAUGAUAAAGGGCUUGUGUACACCUGAAAAACAAAUUUUUGAAAGCCAACUCAUGAGUGUUUAUUAAAAUACAUGUUAUAAUAUCCAACAACCAAUUAUGGAGUGCCUACUAUGUUUCAGACUGAAAGUUUCUGGAAUAGCAACAUCUACCUUUUAUAAUUUAUAAACUAAAUUUAGGACUUUUUUUCCCCAAAUACAGUCUAUUUCAAGCACUUAAGUCAAACACUGACAAUCCUUAUCAGUGCUAAAUGACAAGAUAACCCUAAAACAGCAUGGCUCCAAAUUUUCUCAAGUCUAUCAACUAAACAACGUCAUGAAAUGUAUUCUAAAAGCUUACCUUUUAGCAGAUUCUAGCCCUUCUCUCCCAUGAACAAGCUUUGUUACUUCUGCGGCAAGCCGCUUCUGAGGACCCCGCUUUUCUGGCUCUUUGACAUGCAGCUGCAUUAUGUGGUUAAUCUCUGAAAGGGGCAGAAAAGUGAAGAGCUUCAGGUACCUUAGGGACAAAAAAUAAAGUAUACAUUUAUAACAUACCUAAUUUUUAUCUCCAGCUCCUUUACACUUUAAACAUGCUGCUUACUUUUUAUAAUUUUUAAAUAUGAAAUAUAACAUGUAGAAAUGUACCGAAUAUAACAGACACCCAUGCACACACCAUCCAGACUGAAGAUGUUAAUAUUUUGCCACCUUUGUUUCAGAUCUUUUUUUAACAAUCAAAAUAGUAUAGAUACAGAUGAAGGCUCCAGCCCUUGCCCCAAGAGAGAGCCACUAAUCUAAACUUGUGGACAUCUUUCCCAAGCAUGUUUUUAUACUUUUGUUUUAUGUGCAUGUAACCCACAAGCAGUACUGUGUAAUUAAAAAAUUUACAUAAAUAUUUUAUAUGUAUCCUCUUUAAAUCUUUUCAUUGGUGAACUAUAACACAGAAAAGUAUCUAGAUCAUAAACAUGCAGCUUAAUAAAUUAUUAUAAAGCAAACAUUUAUGUAACUAUCACCUUAGUCAAGAAAUACAACACUGGCUGAGGACCAUAGUCUCAGGGGACAUCUAGCUCAACUAGUUUAUAAAGAAAAUAUUCUACAUCCUAUUUGUUGAGUAGCUUCUGGGGUCUUAAAAGCUUGUGAGCGGCCAUCUAAGUAACUCCACCACUGGUCUCACCCUGUCUGGAGCAAGGGAGAAUGAAGAAAACCAAAGACACAAGGCAAAGAUUAGUUCAAAGGUCUAAUGGACCACAGCUACCACAGCCUCCACCAGACUGAGUCCAGCACUAGAUGAUGCCUGGCUACCACCACCAACUGCUCUGUCAGGGAUCACAAUAGAGGGUCCAUGGCAGAGCUGGAGGAAAAUGUAGACCAAAAUUCUAACUCACAAAAAGAAAAAAAAAAAGACCAGACUUACUGGUCUGACAGAGAGUGGAGAAACUCUGAGAGUAUGGCCCCCAGACAUCCUUAUGGCUCAGUACUGAAGUCACUCCUGAGGCUCAUCCUUCAGCCAGAGAUUAGACAGGCCCAUAAAACAAAACGAGACUAAAUGGACACACCAGCCCAAGGGCAAGGAUGAGACAGGAAAGGUGGUAACAGUGAACCCAAAGUUGAAAAGGAGAGAGCAGUGAUAUGUUGUGCAGUUGGCAACCAAUGUCACAAAACAAUACGUGUAUUAAUUGUUUAACGAGAAAACCAAUUUGCUCUGUAAACCUUCAUCUAAAAAGUACAAUAAAAAAAAGAAACAACAUUGCCUCUACUCAAAAAAGCCCAAAUCUAUCACAAUCCUUCACCCUCCAAGUUAACGACUAUACUGCCUUUAUGGUAAUCAUUUCCUUGUUUUUCCUUAUAAUUUUACCAUCUCAGUAUGGCUCCCUAAACAGUUAUCACUUAGUUUUGCCUGUUUCUAGACUUCAUAUAAACAGAAUGAUACAGAAUAUAUUUUUGCAUUUGGCUUCUUUGGCACAUCAUUAUGUUGUGUGUACAGCUGUUUCAUAGUAUGAAUACUCUAUAAUUUAUUUAUUUAGUCUAUUGUGGACAUGUGGUUUUUUUCUAUUUUUGGACAAUUACUAGUAAUGCUGUGAAUAUCCCCAUUGAGUAGAAGAGAAUCUUUCUAUACCAUGAAUAUGAUACAGGGAGCCCUGGUGGCACAGUGAUUAAAGUUCUCAGCUGCUAACUGAAAGGUCAGUGGUUUGAACCCACCAGCUGCUCUGUGGGAUAAAGAUGUGGCAGUCUGCUUCCGUAAAGAUUACAGCCUUGGAAACUCUACGGGGCAGUUCUACUCUGUCCUCUAACUCUCCAUUUAUGUAGGUCAUCUUUAUUUUCACUCAACAGUGUUUUUUAAUGUUCUGCAGGAAGGUCUUAUAUUAAAAAAAAACUUUUUAGGGAUUAUUCCUAAAGUAUUUUGAUGAUAUAAUAGUAUUAAAAACGGUAUUUUCUGAAAAAUUUACUUUCUCUUUGUUGUAGAUGUAUUUGUUUUCUCAUUAAUUUAUUUGGUUUUAAGAGUUUAAGGCAAUCUGAAUGAAUGAAGAAAUAAAUCACUUUAUCCCCUGUUCGCAAUCCUCUUCUGAAUGUGGCUCCAAUUCCUGAGAGUUCCCUGUCAGUGUACUGCUUCAACCACUUUUGAAUUAUCUUCAGCAAAAUUUUACUUGCAUGUGAUAUUAGUGAUACUAUUCAAUAAUUUCUGUGUUCUGUCGGGUCACCUUUUUUUUAGAAUGGGCGUAAAUAUGGAUCACUUCCAGUCAGUUAGCAGUAACUGUCUUCCAAAUUUCUUGGUGAGUGCUUCCAGCGUUCCAUCCGUUUGUUGAAACAUCUCAACUGGUAUUCAGUCAAUUCCUGGAGAUUUUCUUUUCCACCAAUACCUUCAGUGCAGCUUGGAUUUCUGCCUUCAUUACGGUUCUUGAUCAUAUGGUACCUCCUGAGAUGGUUAAACGUCCACCUGAUCUUUCUUGGUACAGUGAUUCUGUGUAUUCCUUCCACCUUCUUUUGAUGCUUCCUGCAGGAUUCAAUAUUUUUCCCAUAGAAAAACCUUCAAUAUUGCAACCCGAGGCCUGAAAUACCAGAAAGAUGUUUAGCUGUGUUUUAUUGAUUAUGCAAAGGCAUCCGACUGUUGAUUAUAACAAAUUAUGGAUAACACUACAAAGAAUGGGAAUUCCAGAACUCUUAAUUGUGCUCAUGAGGAACCUAUAUGAAGAACAAGAGGCAGUCAUUGGAACAGAACAAGAGGAUGGUGCAUGGUUUAAAUAUCAUGAAAGGUGUGUGUGAGGGUUGUAUCCUUUCACCAUACUUAUUCAAUCUGUAUGCUUAGCAAAUAAGCCAAGAAGCUAGACUAUCUGAAGAACAUGGCAUCAAGAUUGGAGGAAAACUCAUUAACAACCUGUGAUAAGCAGAUGACACAACUUUACUUGCUGAAAAGAGAACUUGAAGCACUUGUUGAUGAAGAUCAGGGACUACUGCCUUCAAUAUCAUUUACACUUCCAUAUAAAUAAAACAAAAAUCCUCGCAACUGGACCAGUAAACAACACCUUGAUAAUAAUGAAGUUGUCAAGGAUUUCAUUUUACUUGGAUCCACAAUCAACCCCCAUGGAAUCAGCAGUCAAGAAAUCAAACAAUUUUGAUUGGGCAAUCUGCUAUGAAAGACCUCUUUAAAGUGUUAAAAACCAAAGAUGUCACUUUGAGGACUAAGGUGUGCCUGAACCAAGUCAUGGUAUUUUCAAUUGCGUCAUGAACAUUCAAAAGCUGGACAAUGAAUAAGGAAAAACAAAGAAGAAUUGAUGUCUUUGAAUUAUGAUAUUGGCAAAGAAUACUGAAUAUGCCAUGGACUGCCAGAAGAACAAACAAACCUGUCUCGGAAGAAGUACGGGCAGAGUACUCUUUAGAAGUGAGGAUGGCGAGACUUUGUCUCACAUACUUUGGAUGUGUUAUUAAAGGGACCAGUCCUUGGAGAAGGACAUCAUGCUUGGUAAAGGAGAGGGCAAGGGAAAGAGGAAGACCCUCAAUGAGAUGGAUUGACAGAGUGCUAGACAAUGGGCUCAGGCAUAGCAACAACUGGGAGGACAGCCCAGAAACAGGCAGUGUUUCCUUCUGUUGUAUACAAGGUUGCUAUGAGUCGGAACUGACUUGAUGGCACCUGACAACAACAACAAAUCAUUAAAAAAAAAAAAAAAUUUAUAGCUGUUUUAUGCUCCAUUAAAGAAAAAGAAUUUUAGAGUCACAUUUGUGAGAGAAUAGAGAUGAAGGGAAAAUAAGGAUAGUCAAGUUUAAAAUGAAAAGAGUGAAUAACUAGAACAUGCAAGUGGCAAAGUCUUCAAGGCUUAUUCAAUGUAGGUCACAAACUUGGCUCUAACUUUUCUAGCAAGUAGAAUGGGUUUCUGCUUUUUGUAACUUAUCUGUUCUUUAGAAGACAGUUAAUCUAAACAGUGUGGUACUGGCGUUAAGGACAGACAUAUAGACCAAUGGAAUAGAACUGAGAAUCCAGAAAUAAACCCAUACGUCUAUGUCCAAUUACUUUUGACAAGGGUGUCAAGUCCAUUCAGUGGGGAAAUGGUCUCUUCAACAAAUAGUUCUGAGACAACUGGAUAGCACAUGCAAAAGAACCAAGUGGGACCUCUACUUCAUACCAUAUACAAAAAUUAACUCAAAAUGAAUAAUGACCAAAAUACAAGAACUAAAAUUCUUAGAAGAAAAUACAGUGUUACAUCUUCAGAACCUUGUGUCUGGAAAUGCAUUCUUAGAUACGACAUCAAAAGCAUGAGCAACAGAAGUAAAAAUAGAUACACUGAACUUCAUUAAAAUUAAAAACUUUUGUGCAUCAAAGAACAUUAUCAAAAAGUGAAGACAAUCUACAGAAUGAGAGAAAAUAUUUACAAAUCGUGCAUCUGCUAGGAAUUCACUAUCCAGGAUACACCAAGAGCUCUUCCGACUCAACGAUAAAAAGACAAACAACCCAAUCAACAAAUAGGCAAAGGAAUUUAAACAGACAUUUCUCCAAAGAUGUACAAAUGGCCAACAGGCACAUGAAAAGAUGCUCAACAUUAGUCACUAGGGAAAAAAUCAAAAUCACAAUUUGAUACUACUUACACCUAAGUCGGAAUCGACUCGAUGGCACUGGGUUUUUUUUACACCCACUAGGGUGGCUAUUAUUAAAAAAAACAAAUGAACAUCGGCUAGGAUGUGGAGAAAUUGGAACUUUCGUGCAUUGGUGGUGGAAAUAUGCAAGGGUGACGCCACUGUGGAAAACAGUUUGGCAGUUCCUCAAAAAGUUAAACAUAAAAUUACCAUAUAACUCAGCAAUUCCUCGCCUGGGUAUAUUUCCAAAAGAAUUGAAAGCAGGAACUCAAACAGACACCAUGUUCAUCACAGCAUUACUCACAACAGCCAAAAGGUGGGAACAACCCAAGUGUUCAUCAACAGGCAAUGGAUAUACAAAAUGUGGUAUACAUGUACAACUGAAUACUAUUCAGCCAUAUAAAAAGGAAUGAAGUUCUGAUGUAUGAAUCUUGAAAACAUUAUGCUAAGUGAAAUAAGCCAGACAUAAAAGGACAAAUAUUACAUGAUUUCACUUAUAUGAAAUACCUAGAAUAGGCAAAUUCUUAGCGACUGGAAAGUAGAUCAUAGGUUACCAGAGGCUGGGGGGACAGGGACGUGGAAGAGUUACUGCUUAACGAAUACAAAGUUUUUGUUUUGGAUGGUUAAAAAAAGUUUUGGAAAUAGACAGUGGUGAUAAUUUUAUAACACUGUGAAUGUAAUUAAUGCUGCUGAAAUGUACACUUAAAAACUGGUAAAAUGACAAAUUUUAUGUUUUAUGUAUUUUACCAAAUAAAAUUAAAAGAAAAAAAACCCAGUAUUUUCUAUACCCCCCCUCGAUUCAAACCUUUACCAAAAACACUUCUUUUUAAAAUGGAAACUUUUAAAAAGUAUUAAGAAAAGCAAUUAAUUAUAAUGUUCUGGUGAGGUAAUGGUUUAUGCCUUAAAUAGAAAGUAAGCAAAAAAAAAAAAAAAAAAAAAAACCAUAAAA